CGGGUUUAAGCUUCUUUCUUAAAAUGUGUUUCGUGGGGCUUUAAACCUAAUGCAGUGGCGUGCAUACUACAUAUUCCUUCUGCGUUUUGCUAUUUAUACUGUUGGAUUUCGAGGCGAGCAGGGAUAAUCGAACACCAAGGCAUCAUGGGAAGAGGGAAGAAAAUGUCCAAACCCGGCGACGGAAGAAGCGGGGACGUCCCAGAUACCGGCAGGACCGGAGGCACCAAUGAAAAUCAUCCCAAAAUAAACGGGGAAGUGGCUCAUUUAGGGCAGCCCAAAAUCUACUCCUUUAUGAGCCCAACUAAAUCUCCCAGUGCCCGCCCUCCCUUGCAAGAAGAAAACUCUGUAGCGCACCAUGAGAGCAAGUGUCCAGGGAAACCUUUAACAGAGACUCGCAAAAAAGCAGAGGUUGAGAAAAAGCGAAUAUCUUCAGGGACAGAACUGUCAGUGAAACCCAGUGAGCAAAGAGAGACUGAAUGCAAUUCUAUAGGAGAGUUUCUUGAUCCUAAACAAGAACAGACUGAUGUCCGAAGAAACAUAGCAUUGCCACCUGCAGACAAGCUGAACCAUCAGAAGAUGGUUAAAGACAAACCUCUAAGAAGGAAGGCUCAGAGGAAGAAAUCCCCAAACAGAAAACUUACUGAUUAUUACCCUGUGAGAAGAAGCUGCAGGAAGAGUAAAACAGAGCUUGAGUCAGAGGAGAAGAAGAGAAUAGACGAACUUAUUCAGACUGGCAAAGAAGAAGGGAUGAAGAUGGACAUGAUUACUGGGAAAGGUCGAGGUGUAAUUGCAACUCGGGACUUCCAGCGAGGAGAGUUUGUUGUAGAAUACCAUGGAGAUCUAAUAGAGAUCACGGAUGCUAAAAGGCGAGAGGCAACUUACGCACAGGAUUCAAAUACUGGCUGCUAUAUGUACUAUUUUCAGUACUUGAACAAAACCUACUGCAUCGAUGCUACAAGAGAAACUGGCCGUUUAGGAAGGCUGAUCAACCACAGCAAAUCUGGGAACUGUCACACCAAACUGCACAACAUCAACAAUGUACCUCACCUUAUACUCGUUGCAUCGCGGGAUAUCAACGUUGGAGAGGAAUUGCUGUAUGACUAUGGGGAUAGAAGAAAAUCUUCCUUAGAGGCACAUCCUUGGCUUAAAAACUGACCUGCAGAUGGACACAACUGAUUUUACAAUUUGACUUUGAUCUGCUUUUGGUUUUUUAAAUUCCCUUUUACAUUUAGUAUAUAAGCGCGUGAUAUGGAUUUAAAUGCAUUAUGUCUUUACCAAAAGUUUUAUAUUUGGUUUUUGUAUGUUUGCAUAGAAGUAAUUUAGUGCUUCCAAAGCAUGCAGGUGUGUCCCCCCCCCUCUUUUAAAUGUGUAUGCAUAGGGAGAGGAGGAAUCUGGUUACAUAAUGUGUUCUAAAACUUCUUAUUGCAGAAGAGUGAAUGGAUUAGGAUUUGCAAAUGCUCUUUCUGUAACAUAACCAUAGUAAAUACAGGCUUGGCAUUUAUCAUCCUUGCUAUUAAGGGGGGGGGGAAGCAAAAAAAAAAAAAAAAACCAUGAAUUUCACAUAAGAAGCUGAGCCAGUAAAAACACUUCAUUCUUGCUUUCUAUAUGAUUUCUCUGUAGGGGUUAAAAAGUGUUACAUCAGAGAAGUAACUACAUGCGUCAUGCAUUAACUUUUCUUACCCAUAAAUCCUUAUUUGCAGCCAUGCAAUGCCCAACAUUAAGAUUAUGAAGAUGCAGGACAGGAUCUCUUCUCUUGUGGCUAGGAGGCGGUUGGGGACCCCUGCUAUAGAGAGACCGUUAUAAUAUCCCUUAGCUGGCAACAUAAGUGCUUUGUGAUGAGAGAUGAGUUUUUUUUGUUUUUUUAGUAACUUUUUUUCUUGGUUACCAGCAGCUGACCUCUCCACUCUGUUUUGAAGGGGGAUGAAUGUAAGAAGAUUCUAAAAAUGAUUGUGUAAAUAGAGGAAAAAUGCCAUACUAAGCUUCCAAGUGUACCCCCAGGUUUGGUUAUGGAAGCCAAGCUUGGCCACAUUUUAUAUAACAAACUUCUGUGGGCUGGUGCUUAAACAGUAACUGACACAGGCAGAACCCUUUUAGUAUAAAUUUUACUUUGAUAGGGCUUAACAUGAGAAUUAAUGUAUGACAUAUCUGCACGGAUUCUCUGGGUUUGCUGCAAAAAAUAUUAUGCAGGCUGUUACUGUAAUAGAUCAUUGCUCUAGAAGAAUUUUAAUGCAGUAGGUGUAAAAUACAUCACAAUAUAUCUUUUUAUACUGAAAGAAAAAAGACUGUGGAAUAAAAAAAAAUAUUUAUUACUAAA